CGUGCGCACAAGAGCUGUUUAUACAUAGUGACGUAGAGACUGUAGUAGAAGCAGAUUUUUCAAAACUCCUCUCAGAAGAAGACGAGUACAUGACAAAGGGGAGUGGAUUUACGUUAUCGUGUAUAGACGGUGUCCUUUUGGGGGUGUAUAAAUACACUCCUUUAGGCGGUUGUUCUUAUAUUCCGUUACCGGAAAAUAUAGAGAAGAAAAAAAGUACAAUAAACCCGCAGAAUAUCGAUGAAGAGUGUUUUAAGUGGGCGAUUCUCGCAAAACAUGUGAAAAAUAAUACUCGUAAACGGGUCGGUUCGAAUUAUUACGAUGAAGAACAUAGAUAUGACUUUUCCCAGAUAACAACGCCCACACCUAUAUCUGAUGUAAAAUUAUUCGAGCGCUGUAAUCCUAAUACUUCCGUUAACGUGUACGGAUUAUUUAAUAAUAUUAAUAAUAAUAAUAAUAAUAGGUCAUCUAAAGACAUCGUACAUCCGAUAAAGGUCUGCGAUACAGAGAAAGAAGAUCACUUCGAUUUAUUAUUCAUAAACGACGUAGACACGGGGAAAAGUCACUAUUGUUAUAUAUCAAAUUUUACACGGCUUAUAAGCGAUCAAAAAAAUAGACAUGAACAUCGGUUGUUUAUAUGUAAAAAAUGUUUUACGACUUUUAACAAUCAACCGUUAAAAUAUAGAUUAUACGGUAAAGAGGCGCUAACGGCACACAAGAAAAUAUGUAAGGUACACCGAGCAAUUGUCCCCGUAAUGCCACAGGGGGGGACAUACUAAAAUUCGAGGGUUGGCGUAAAACUCAAAGAUUACCGUUUGUAAUCUAUGCCGAUUUUGAAGCGCUUUUAUUGCCUAUUGAACAACAGCACGGAUCAAACACUCGAACGUUUCAACAACAUCGUGCAAUGAGCUAUGGAUUCAUAGUAAAGGUAGGCGAUCACGUGCCCGCAGAAUUACUCGAACAAUUCGAAAUUCCGCGGUCGGUCGUAGUUUACCGCGGAUCUGAGAACGCCGAUGAUGUAGCUAAACAAUUUGUUAUGGCCGUGACCAGUAUAGCGGAGAGGAUACACGAGCUUCUUAGUAAAACAAACGUUCCGAUUGUUAUUACCGACGAGCAACUGCGUGUUCACCAUACAAAAAUACAUUGCGAAUUGUGUAAAAUCAAGUUCUCGCAUGGAAACCGCCUAGUAGCACACCAUGAUCAUUUAACGGGAGAGUUUUUAAAAAGUCUCUGCAAUAAUUGCAAUCUUAAACUGGUAACGCAAAACUUUGUUCCGUGCUUCAUACACAAUUUAUCGAGAUACGAUGCACACUUCAUCGUUACAGAACUGGGAUACAACGAGCAACGUAUCUCGGUAAUUGCUAACAGCGAGGAAAAUUAUAUAUCAUUUUCCAAAUAUAUCGAUAAUAACUUCUCGAUCAGAUUUGUUGAUUCUUGCAGAUUUAUGGCGUCAAAACUGUCCACGCUAGCUGAAAAUCUAAUAACAGAUGAUUUUGCAAAGUUCGGUGAAAUUUCGAAAGUUUUCUGCUCCGACGACAUGCCUCUAGUUACCAGGAAAGGCGUGUACCCCUACGAAUAUACCAACAGCUGGCAACGAUUGAGUGAGACGAGACUGCCUGAGAAAAAACAUUUUUACAGUACAUUACUUGAAGCACACAUCGAGCACGAAGAGUAUGAACACGCAACGCAGGUAUGGACUCACUUUAAUUGUCAGACUCUAGGCGAUUAUAGUGAUCUAUACCUGAAGAUAGACGUAUUGUUACUGGCUGACGUGUUUGAAAAUUUUCGCGAUCUCUGUAUUUCAACGUAUAACCUCGAUGCUUCAAAAUAUCAAACAUCACCUGCGUUAACAUUUGAUAGCAUGUUGAAAUACACGAGGAUAGAGUUGGAGCUCGUCAGUGAUUACGAUAAAUUACUCAUGCUUGAGACGGGCAUAAGAGGUGGUCUAGUCCAAGCUUCUCGACGAUUUGCUCGAUCCAACAACGAAAAGACUCCGGGGUUUGAUUGUAAUCAACCAAAAUCGUAUCUCGUUUAUCAAGAUUGUAAUAAUUUAUACGGAUGGUCGAUGUGUAAAUCAAUACCGUACGGUGGAUUCAAGUGGUAUGAGGGUAAUCUUGACGUGGCACUGGCUCAACUGGAGACUAUGACUGAAAACGAUAGUUUUGGUAGAAUUUAUGAAGUAGAUAUAUCAUACCCGGUACAUCUACACGAUGAACAUAAUGAUUUACCUUUCCUACCUCAUGCCAGUAUACCACGCGGAUCUAACGUUCGUAAACUGAUGGCAACGUUAGAAACCAAAAAAAAUUAUAUCGUGCAUUAUGUUAAUCUCAUUCAAGCUAUACAACACGGAUUGAUCGUGGAAAAAGUUCAUAGAGUAUUAGAAUUUAAUCAAUCGCCAUGGCUCGCUCCGUACAUAGCAUUGAACACUGAAAAGCGAAAACAGGCUGUUAACGAUUUUGAAAGAGAUUUUUUUAAAUUAAUGGUUAAAUCAAUGUUUGGUAAAACUAUGGAGUCAAUGCGUAAACGAAUUAAUAUUGAAUUAGUCUGCUCGCAGAAUAGAAUGACUAAACUUAUUAACAGCACGACAUUUAAAUAUUGUACGAGUUAUAAUGAAAAUCUGACAGGGGUUUCGUCACAUCAUAAAAAAAUUAAUUUCUGCAAGCCGAUAUUUAUAGGUUUUACAUUACUUGAUUUGAGUAAAACAUUAAUGUAUAAAUAUCAUUAUGAUGUGAUGAAGAUACACUUUAAAGACAGAAUUAGUUUGCUGUACACUGACACUGAUUCAUUGAUAUAUCACAUAAUGACGGAUGACUUUUACAAAGAACUAUUGGAUAAUCCUAAUUUAUUGAGUCAUAUGGAUACGUCAAAUCUUCCGUUGGACCACCCGUGUUAUGUGGCGACACGUAAGAAAAUUCCAGGAUUAUUUAAAGAUGAAACGGAGGGUCGUACGAUGUACGAGUUUGUAGCACUCCGGGCCAAAUCAUAUGCGUACGAUAUAGAAGAUGUCACGUGUAUAAAAGCUAAGGGGGUUAGGAGUCAUGUCGUCAGGAAUCAUUUAAACCUCAACGAUUACAAGCGCUGCUUGUUCGGUUCUGAUUCUGACAACGAUGAUAACGUGGAGACGGACAGUGAUGAUAAUGAUACGAAAAUGGCUUCGAAGAAAUGGUUAGCCUCAUACUGUGCAAGCCGUGUUAUUGAUACUAUAUAUAAAAAUGCUGCAAUAUCUAUUGAUAAUAAUAAUUCAUCAUCAUCAUCGUUACCGUUAUCACAUAAAACGAUACCUCCUUAUUUGUACACUCCAUUUAGAGAAAAUAUAUCCAUACGUUCGUUCAACCAUAGUGUUAAAACGAUUAAGACUAUGAAGUUGACGUUAAACAGAUCAGACGAUAAGAGGGUGGUACAGCCGAAUUUAGUAAGCACGCUCGCACAUGGUCACUACGCGUGCACGUGAAAACUACUACAGUCGGGUGAAUGAAAAGUGGCCGCUGGCAAAUAUGAUAGCAACGAUUUUUUUUGCUAAAAACAGGGGUUCUCAUAAUGAAAAUCGAGGAACGCGAUCGGUAUACAUCUUCAAACCGGUUCACCGUGAACCACCUGUACGGGCGGUUUUGGUUUUAUAGACCUUUUUUCUCCCUAUU